GAGGACAGCGUCAUGUGAUGUGGAAAGAUUUCAAAACAGAAACCACACUGUGGUUUGGUUUAGUGUCGUUUAGCAGGUGAACUAAAUCCUUUGAUUGAGACAGCAGGGCAAAAUGACUCAGUUAUGCAGAAGACAUCUCCCUCUCUGUUGCAGUUUUCUCUUUUGCCUCCUCCUUGGUUGUGUGUCUGCAGAAGAGAUCAUAGCCACAGUGGGAACAGAUGUUACUUUGAUUUGCAACUACGAUGCAAAGUACUAUGGCAAGCUGUCUACAUGCUGGGGCAGAGGAGCCAUCCCCAGCAGAGGCUGCGCCAGUGAGGUGAUCAAGUCAGACGGGUCAGCAAUGGCCAGCAGACUGUCAGAGCGGUACCUGUUCAUGGGUAACCUGGAGGAAGGGGACGUGUCGCUUACCAUCAGACAGGUGGAGGAGAGUGACUCGGGGAUCUAUGGCUGCCGUGUGGACGUACCGGGCUGGUUCAAUGAUCACAAACACCAGGAGACUCUGACCGUGGUGCCCGUACGUCCUAACCCCCUGAAGGUGGAGACAAGAGAGGUGAAGGAAAGAACUGUCACUGUUCAGUGGACUCCUGUGUUUGACGGCGGCAGACCCAUCACAUCCUACUGGAUCGAUCUCAAACACAAACAGGCACCCUGGGAUUCUGCAGUCAGAACCGCCGUCUCUAAUCCUGAUCUAACUCAGCUGACUUUGGUGGAUUUGCGUCCGGCAAAGACCUACAUCCUGCGCAUGUUUGCGAUCAACAGCAUGGGCAUUAGUGAACCCAGCAAUGUACUGACAGUAACAACCGAAGAAGCAGCGCCGGAGGGUCCUCCCCUGGACAUGCAGCUUGAGGCCCUCACCUCUCACAGCAUCAAAGUCACCUGGAAGCCUCCUAGACCCGAUCUCAGGAAUGGGAUUCUCCGGAGUUACAGCAUCAGCUACAGAGAGUAUGAUCCUAACGGCAGACAAUUCAAAAGGUGGCAGCACUUAACUGUGACGGCUGCACGAGAGGUGGAGAGCGUCAUCCUGAGUAACCUGAAGCCUUCUUCCAAGUAUGGCAUUCUCAUACAGGCCAAAACUAACGCAGGGAUAGGACCUGCUUCCACUGCCCCUCUCUGCUCCACUCUGGAUGAGGUUCACAAAACAUCAACACCGUCAACUAAAAGUUCUACUUCGACCGCUGCCACACGGAUACAAGACAUUACAAGUUUUACUGCACCUCACACUACUUCAGCAGAGGAGGCUGUUACCAUGGCUACAGUCUGGGAUGAAGGAACUACAAGUACCACACCAGUGCCCCCAGAUCCCCCUGUGGUUGACAUAAAAGAGGUAAAAGGAAGCACAAUCGCUCUUUUAUGGACCCCUGGGUUUGAAGGUGACAGCCCCAUAACUGGCUAUUACCUGGAGUAUAAAGCAGUAAACGCCUCUUGGGAUUAUAUAAAGACAGUGGUAGAUUUCAGCCCUGGCCAAACAGAGGCCACAAUAAUAGAGAUCAAUCCAUCUACCUACAACAUCCGCAUGUUUGCCAAGAACAGUGUGGGCACCAGUAGAGCUAGCAACAUCCUCACCAUCACCACAGGAGAAACAGGUCAUCAGAGCCAUGAUGAUCUUACCACCAUCUCUACUGACACUCAUGCUGCUGCCAGCGUUGAGGAGGGCCAGAGUGGCAGUAAACUAGCUGCCAUCCUGUUGCCAGUGGUGCUGGUGGUGUUAAUUGUUGCCAUAGUGACUGCAUGGCAGCUUCGACGAAUUAAACAGAAAAAGGGCAGUCUGAGCAUCUGGCUGAGCAGUGGAAAGCUUCGUUACGAAGGAUCUGAGUCUCUACGGGAGCUGUGAAACGACGAGUUUCUCUACACUUCAGCCUUAAAAUGCUGAGUUUAAUAUUUUAUAAAUAUGGCAAAAACAAUUGUGUAUGUCUGAUUAUUAAUUAUUCUAAUCUAGGUAAGAACCCCAAUAUGCUUAAAAUAACCAGUGUGUUGAUUUAACAUACUUAAAUAUUCAAGAAUUAACGUCUAAUGAACGUUGGAGUGUUUUUUCCCAGUUUUAUCCAAAUUAACUUUCACUUAGCCUACAGUAUGUUUUUGUUAAAAAUACUCUUGGUUUACUUUACUUAAGGUUUACUUCUGAUCAUUUUUUCAUGCAGUACUUUGUGUAAUUUUCUAACAACAUAUACAGUAUCUGGAGAGCUUAUAGCAAAAAUAUGGAACUUUUCCACCUUAAAAUAUAAGUUUCAAAGUCAAGCUAAUAGUACAACAACUUUCAACAGGCAGAAUGACAUCUCUCCCAUAUGCACAGAUCGCCCGGUUGCCUGCUUGUAGCACAAUGUAAGUUUGGCAGCAGGCCACAGUUCACAGUUGAGAAGUGUGCGCGGCUUUACAGUACAAGCCAAUUAGUCGUCUCAUUACUGUUUGAUAAAAAGGCGGCGGCUCAGAGACGGAAGACGACGGUGACAGGUGAAGCCAAGAAGAGAAAAAGAGAGUGACAGAGAAAAAAGCAGAGUGUACAUUCCUGCAGAUAUUAUUCAUAACAGAUUGAUAUGUAAUGUUAGGCUGUAUUGUUAUCUGUGUCAUCAUUGUCUCAUGUUUAGCAGCUUUUACCAGGUGCAGAAAGUCAUCUUACCAAAGUAAUGUCUCAGGUUUGCAUAUAAAUAAAUAAUGACAUAAAUCCAUUUUAUGCCAACAGUUGUCUCUUCAACGGGCUGACAGAGUUAUCCUGUAAUAUUAGUGUACCUUGUCAGUCGACAGGCCUUUGGCUUCUCACAACUCUGCUCCUCUGCUUGUCGACAAAUGCACGUUGUCUGUGAGGGGAGAAGUGAGGGAGGAAUAAUCGUACUGUGUGUUUUUACAGCAGUGCAGUUUCACUCAGUGACAUUUGGUCGUUGCCAAAGCCCACCAAACCGAAUUCCACCAUAAUGUAUCUAUUUACUCAAAUAGAUAGACCAUCUUCAUUGAAAAUAAUAUUUUAAUUAAAUCAUUUUUGCAAUAAACAAUCUAAAAAAAUAUGUAACUAUGUAUUCCAACAAUGUAUUUAAAAAACAUAUUUCAUUUAUAUGUGGCUUUAAAUGCAAUCUACUGAAACCACAUCUCUGCCUUUUUCAGUUAUGGAAAUAAAUAUCCACUGUGUUCUUUUAAUUUGUUAUGAUGACAACUCUAUUUCAUAGUAGAAAACAUUUUGUGUCAUGUUGGUCAAAACAUCUCUGAAAAAUUAAAAUGAUACAUUUUCUUAUUGGUCAUAUAAAGAUAAAGAUAUGUUAGAUUAAACUGGAUAAAGAUUGAUCUAAUAAAUAAAAAAACCUUCCUAGUC